AUGUCGGGCUACACGACUGGCUCUCUUCUCCCGGACAACGGCUUUGGCAGGCGUCGCGGCCGAAAGCGAGGCAGGUGGCGCCGGUUGCGACCGCCGGCCGCGCUUUUGAUCUUCGCGUCCGGGUCGGUGAUCGUCUCAUAUUGGCUCCUCUCCGAACGCCGCGCCGCCGAGGCGGCCGCCUCGCGCAGUGACUUUGACUGCGUCAUCGUGCCCGGCGGCGGCCUCGACGCGGCGCGUGAGCCCGCUCCGUGGGUGGCCGAGCGGCUCGAAGCGGCGCUAAGGCACGACCACGAGACGGCCUCCUACCUCGUCCUCUCGCGCGGUACAACACACAAGCCGGCGCCAACCGACAGCCGCGGCUACGCCGCCCGCUACCUCGUGCGGCGAGGCGUCGCUCCGGAGCGGGUGCUGCUAGAGAGCUGGUCCCUCGACACGAUCGGCAACGCGGCGUUCGCGCGGCUGAUGCACGCCGACUUGGCACAGUGGCGGCGGAUGCUCGUCGUGACCUCGGACUUCCACCUGCCGCGCACGCGAGCCAUCUUUGAGUGGGUCUUCUCGCUGCCCGACCGGGCGGGGCGGCGGCGGUCGCCUCCCGCCGAGCUCGAGUUCGAGGGGGUGCCGGGGCGGGGGCUGGGCGACGAGGACGGCGCGGCGCGCAGGCGGAAGGAGGAGCGCUCGCUCGAGGCGCUGCGGCGGGGCGCGGUGUCGAGCGUGCGCGACCUCGAGGCGCUGCACCGUUUCCUGUUUGUGGAGCACGGCGCAUACCGCGCGAUGAGCGAGGCGGAGGAGGCGGCGAGGGAGCGGGAGAGAGCAACGGGGGCGUUGGCGAGGACUUACUGACCAGCCUGUUUCGUGUUGGCGGUUACUGGCGCGUUCGCGUUCGGCACUGUCGCGAUUUUUGCUUUUUAGUUUGGAAAAAUUG